CUCAAGUACUCGACAAUCUUACGAAAACCAAAAAUAUAGAAACUAACCUAACAAGCUAAGAUCUACAUUACUUAGUCGACAAUACUCAGUGCACUGCAUUUUCAUUUAUUGCUACUUCUUAUGAAUUGAAAACCCUAGUCACUCACAGUUACACUCUCAUUCUCGCCUCUUCUUCAAUCGCCUCUCACCUCUUCUUCUUCAACUAUCGCCUCUCGCCUCCAUUCUCAAUCGCAAGUGGGUUCAAUAGAAAUUGCUUUUGGAAGUUUUUGUAUUUUGACUAAAGGAGGAGCUAGGACUAUAUGCUAUGCCAGUGAGAACACUCAUGGAGAAGAGGGUCUUAUAGCUCCUUAUCUACUAUUCUAGUGCUUUUAUACCAAUCCAUCUAUGAUGAUGUCAAGUAACUCUUCUCUUGUUAAUUCAUUCCCUUGUAAUAGAGCACUUUGAAAUAUUUAAACCACAUUAUAUCACUUUGUAUCCAGGCAGGCCCUAAAAAGUUAAUGCGAAGUAUUUAGCUAAGGCAAAGAUUUAGAACAAUUGGCAGCUGUGAAAUGAAUGCUUCACCAAUAUGCGACACCAUUACAAUCUGCACAACUCUCUUGUUUCACCAUUACUAGCAUUCACCAAUUAUCACCCACUUCCAAGAUUAGUUCAGCUCAUACACAACUAUAUAUUUAUUCAACCCUUAAACUCUCCUGAUGCUCAAUCAAUCGAAAACACCCCAUUUGUCCCAGCAGUCAUCAGAAAUAACAGCUCAAAACCCUACAUAUCAAAUUUCUCUCUUGAUAGCAAAAGGGUGGUUGAAGAUUUGAUUUCUAUUUUCACUCACAGAAGUUUUGAUCCCAACAACCAAGAACUGAGUCAGCUCGGUUCUAAACUCACCCCUGAGAUUGUUGAAACCGUGUUAAAGGGGAUCAGAAAUUGGAGAAUUGCUUACAAAUUUUUUAAUUGGGCAAAAUUUCAAAAUGGAUAUGUGCACAAUUGCUAUACUUACAAUGCUAUGGCAUCAAUCCUAUCAGGUGCUCGACAAAAUGCCCUAAUGAAAGCUUUGGCUUUAGACUUGAUUGAUAAUGGACGUUUUAUAAGUCCUGGUGCAUUGGGUUUUUUUAUUAGGUGUUUGGGUAAAGUAAGAUUAGUGGAAGAAGCUAAUGUGUUAUUUGAUCAUGUUAGGGAGAUGGGUAUCUGUAUUCCUAAUAGUUAUAGCUAUAAUUGUUUGUUAGAGACUAUAGCAAAGUCGAGUAUGAGCUAUUUAGCUGAGAAGAGGUUGAAUGAAAUGCGCAAUUUUGGGUUGAUUGUUGAUAAGUACACUAUGACUCCUCUACUGCAGAUUUACUGCAAUGCUAGAGAGUUUGAGAAGAGUUUGAUUGUUUUCAAUCAAAUGCUUGAAAAGGGUUGGGUUGACUCCCAUGUUCUGUCGAUUUUAGUUGUGUCUUUCAGUAAGGGGGGAGAAGUGGAUAAGGCUUUUGAGUUGAUUGAAAAGAUGGAAGAUUGGAACUUGACAUUGAAUGAAAAGACAUUUUAUGUACUAAUACAUGGGUUUGUAUCUGAUUGUAAUGUUGAUAAGGCCCUUCAGCUAUUUGACAGAAUGCACAGAACCGGAUUUUCUGCUGACAUUGGCGUCUACGAUGUACUGAUUAGAGGUCUUUGCAAACAUAAAGAGCCUCUUAGAGCUAUGCAAUUGUACUCAGAAAUGAAAAAUUGUGGGAUAUUUCCUGAUGCUGGUAUACUCACGGAGCUUAUAUCAUCUGUCGGAGAAGAGGUAAUGGCACAAUUACUUGAGGAAAACGGAGAUUGUUUUGAUGAUGAGUUAGUGAAAUUGCUUUACAAUUCUGUUUUGAAUGGUCUUGUUCGCAUUGGUCUCAUUGAUAGAGCCCUUGACCUGGUGAAAAUGAUGAUGGAGGAAAAACAUCAAUGUGGUAGCAGGUUAGAAAAGUUUUUCAAGCUUAAAGGAAUUAAUUGCUUGGAUUCAUCUUCUUUCAGUAUUAUAAUAAAUGUUUUAUGCCAAAAUAGUAGAUUGGAUGAAGCAUUACAGCUCUUUGGGUCAAUGGAUAAAUUUUGUUGUCAAAAGGAUACAUUACUUUAUAACAAUCUUCUUGAUGCUUUAAGCAAGGCUGACAGAAUACUUGACAGUCUUCACCUGUUGGGAGAGAUGAAACAGUCUGGGAUCAAGCUAACCCAUUUCACCUAUAACUCUAUAUAUGGAUACUUCUGUAAAAAGGGGGAUGUUGUAGGAGCUACUACUAUAGUAAAAGAGAUGUGUCUAAGACAGCAUGAACCGUGGAUAAAGAAUUCUACCACUCUUGUCAAACAGCUAUGCACUCGUGGAAGAGCAGUGGAAGCGUGUAAUUUUCUUGCUAAUAUGGUUGAAGCAGGUCUUGUUCCGCAUUUGAUUCCGUAUUCUGCUGCUAUCGAUGGGCUUUUCAAACUUCAAGAAGUUGACCGGGCUCUGGAGCUGUUUCGUGAUAUAUAUUCCCGCGGUUACAGACCUGAUGUUGUUGCUUAUAACAUUUUGAUUGAUGGUCUUUGUAAAGCUAACAGAAUGUCUGAGGCGGAGAACAUGUUGAAAGAAAUGCAGGCACAGGGGCUUGUCCCUUCAACAGUAACCUAUAAUUCUAUCAUUGAUGGGUGGUGUAAGAAUGGUAAUGUAGAUCAAGCUAUUGUUUGGUAUUCAAAUAUGGAUGAGGUAAACAGGGAGCCUAAUGUCAUAACAUAUACAACGCUAAUAGAUGGGCUAUGUAAUGCUGAGCGACCCAAUGAUGCGCUUAUGCUGUGGAAUCAAAUGGAGGUUAAAGCUUGUCCACCCAACAAAAUUGCUUUCAUGGCCUUGAUCAGUGGUCUGUCCAAGAAUGGCUUGCCAGAUAGGGCACAAUCUUAUCUCCAAGAGAUGGAGAAAAGGGAAAUGAGUGCUGAUAUUUUUGUGCAUAUAGGUUUGCUGGAUUCUUUUCUGUUGAACAAGAACCCCGUCAUGGCUAUGGAUUUGUUGAAAAAGAUAGUUGAGAAGAACAUGUUUCCAAACCCUGUAGACAAGAAUUACGCUAUUGUAAGGAAUGCAGUUCUCAAGCUGCGUGUUGAACCGCUAACUGCAAGCUGUGUUAAUACACUUCUUGCAGAAGGUAGCAUUCCAGUUUCUUGAUUCGGUGUGAAGGGUGAAGUACGGUAAUGCCUAUAACCUAUUUGAAAGGGGAUGCAUGAACUUAAGCAAAAUAUUCCUCAAACCUGAAUUUAAGACCAUGCUGAUCAUUGUCACAUAUGUAAAUUGGUUGCAAAGGCAAGCUGUGUGCAUUAUCUGAUGCGAGGAAAACUGGGAGGUUUCAACCGGCUUUGAAGGGUGAAGUAUGGUAAUGCCUAUAACCUAUUUGAAAGGGGAUGCAUGAACUUAAGCCAAAUAUUCCUCAAACCUGAAUUUAAGACCAUGCUGAUCAUUGUCACAUAUGUAAAUUGGUUGCAAAGGCAAGCUGUGUGCAUUAUCUGAUGCGAGGAAAACUGAGAGGUUUCAACCGGCUCUUCCUACUGCUGUAGGGAUAAAGCAAAGUUACUUUUGCCAUAUGGCUAUCACCAACACAGACGCAGGAAAUGUUGAGAUGAAGAACAAUUAUAAAGGGUUUCCUAGAGCUAAGAGUUUCAUUGGCCGCAACCUCCUUAUCUCCUUAGAAAAGGCUUCCUCCUUGGUUCAAUCUAAAGUUCUGGAUUUUGGCCCUAGUUCGCAAUUUUAUUUGCCUACUACAGUUGCGUUGAUGGCUGCUUAAAGGAACUCACUGGUGUUCCUGAUGUUUUGGAGUGUUCGUUCGUAAAAUCAAAUGUGACUGAACUUCCCUUCUUUGCUUCUAAGUCUUAGAUGGAGCAUCGAAGUUGGCUUUGGAAGAAGAAAUCCCAGGCAGAGAAGGUUAUUUAUUGUUGUUGUUUUAUCUAAGUUUAAUUAUUCAAUAUAUUUACAUUUGGAGAAUUCAAUCAUUCAUGCUUUGAAACUAAAUGGUUUAACUUGAUUAAUACAAUAUACUUCAGUCUUUCGCAUAAUAUCUAGUAUAACUUCAUUUGUGAUGAGAUUGAAAUGAAGAGGAUAACUUUGAUCAAGAUUGCAACGGAAGACAACCUGGCGGAUAUGAUGACUUAAACCAUUACCUUGUGCCAAGUUUAGUCUAUGUGUAGACUUGGUUAGACUUGCUCCAUUUAACAUGUGAUGUGUUAGUGAUGGGGUUAAGGUGUAGUCUAUAGGAGAUGCAUGUGAUUUGCAUAUAGAAGGAGGAUGUGAUUUCCUCACCAAGAAUCGUGUAUGUGAUUUACACGUUACUCUAGCUCACUCUAGCUCACGAUGAUGUUUGGAUUGUUUAUGUGUUUUUGAUGAUAAUUGGCAUGCUUGGGGUGCUUGGCUUGCGGACUUAAGUCAAGGUGGAGAUUAUGAUGUUUUAAGGGUGAUUAAGGAUGUGACUUAAUCUUUACUCCAUGGUAAAAGUAUUGUGGUAAAAAGAGUUAAAAGUAAGAUAAGGUAAUUUGGCUUUCAAAUGAUCAAAAGGGAUUUGGAGACAGAAGAGAAAACCGAGUCGACUUUUCCCCUGGCCAUUGGAAAGCCGACUCGACUUUAGGCGCUGGAACAUUUUGUUCUCUUUUUCUAUUUCUUGUUUUUCCUUAGGAUUGCAUGUAAGUGUUUUAGACCCUAUGUGUUAUAAAUAGGGCUAAACACAUAGAAUCUUGAAGAUUUGAUGACUAUCCAUCAUUUCAUUACUAAGGAUUCAUUGAUCUUAGUUUUGAUUGGAUUAGCUUCUUGUGGGUUCCUUAUUGUUUAGAUUAGGGUUUUCAAUUGGGGGUUUAUAAAUUUUCCUUUUUUUGUUUUUUUCCAUGUUUAUUGAACUAGGUUUCUAUCAAAUUGGCUUAAUUUA